AUGCCUGUGAUCCAACUUCAACAGCUCGUCCUAGCAUACGAGGCUGCGGUCGAGUGUCUGCGAGCGAGCAGCUUCCGCCUACGUAACUGGUUGUGGCCACGCUACCCUGCACUCGCAAUCUCAACAGAAAAGCUUGAAGAGGCCGGAAAAGACAUAGUAAUGUCCGAGCCAACUUCGUCGAGGCGUUUUGGCCAGGCCAUUCGUCUCAGGAAAGACUGCGUUGAUCAGUACAAAGCUUGUCACGCCAAGGCCUGGCCAGAAGUGCUGAAGCAGAUAAAAGACAGCAAAAUUGAAGACUAUUCCAUAUGGUAUGACGAGAAGAAUGGACUUCUUUUUGCCUCCAUGAAGUACGUUGGCAGCGACUUUGAAGGCGACAUGCGUCGCAUGGCGGAGAAUCCAAAGGUGCGUGAAUGGUGGAAGAUGACGGACGGCUACCAGGAGAGUUUAGUUGACGGCGCCGUGAGCUCUGAGGCUGGAACGUGGUGGAAGACACUCGAGGAGGUGUUUUACCUGGCAUAA